GGUGGGUAGCGGCGUGUCACUCUGGCUCCAUCACCCGCAUCACUGGGUCACAGGCCUCUCCUGGCUCCUCUCCACUCACCUCGCCCGCCGUCACUACCACCACUCGCGCGCCACAAUCCUCCUUUCAUUCUCGUUCUCCAGCACCUUUAUGAUUUACAUACAUUAAUCGAUUACAUUUCAUAAGAGAGGAACAUGUUGGUCCGUGUUAUGUGUAAUGUUGUGGUGCCGGCAGUGUUGGUGGUGCUCACGUUGCUGACCCCGCCAGCCCGGGCUAUGUUCGGCAUCCCAGAUUUUCUUGAAUUUGGAGGCUGUGUUAAUGCCACUCUCAAGCCUAACUUCGACCCCGUUAAGUACACGGGUCUGUGGUUUGACAUCGAGAGUGUGCCCAAUGACUACCAGCACACCAAGAACUGCGUCACACAAAACUACACGUGGACAGGGAAGGAAAUGAUCGUGGCCACGCGGGGGUUGACAGCGGUGGGAAAGAAGGUGCGCCAGGGAGCCAUCAUGCGCCAGUCCACCAGCAGCCCUGACCCAGCUUUCAUGACCGUCUUCGCUGAGGGCGUCCCCGAGGUCCCCUACCAGAUCGUUGCUUCGGACUACAGGACCUACUCGUGUGUCUACUCAUGCCUCGAGCGCUUUGGGUUCCGGGCAGAGUUUGCAUGGGUGUUUAGUCGCAAACCCACACUGCCUGAUAACACCAUCAAACACUGCCACGAAGUUUUCACUGCUAUGGGGGUAGACCCCACAAAGAUGGUUAACAUUACCCAGGGAGAGGAAUGCCCUUACUAUGAAAAAAUUGAGGAGACAUUGGCUGAGAAUGAACAGUACCUGCUGAAGAUCCUGGGUCCUUAUGUCCCCACCACCACCACACCAGCCCCUACACACCUUGACCAAUCUAUUGUAGAGAUGUCUGAAGAGGAGAAGACAUUGCAAGACCUUAAAGGUAAAAUGGAGUCAGGCUUCAGUACACUAUGCACAGAUUCCCAACAAAAAGAGACAAAUGGAGCAUCAAGUGAAGAUCAGGAAGAUGAUCCCAACAGCAGCACCCACCCUGUCACCUCCUUUCCUCUCCUCCCAUUUUUACUUCUUCCAUUCCUCAUUUACUAACACACAGUACAGUUGAGACAAGUUCCCUCUUUUUUCUUCUUCCUCUCAUCAUUGUACGAACUCAGUCAUUUGUAAAAGAAGUAUCUCCACUAUUUAUUCUGCUUUUUAUUUUCUCAUUGCCUUACUUUCAGUUAGUAUUAUUUUCCAACAAGAUAAGUUUGAAUGUCAUUUGUAAUUUAUCUUUGUUCUUGCUCUUCGUUUAUGAUCCAUAUGACCUCUCUGCUGGGAAUUUGGGCCUGUUCAUCCCCUCGGGAUUUUGCAGUACUACACUGCAUAUUUCCUGUUAGUUUCAUCAUUCUUGUUUGGUCAACACUUGAUUUCCUUUCUGGUGUGAUCUGAUUCUGUUUUUUCUUUCUUUAACAUUAUUUUCCAGACCAAACUGUCCUUAUCUAUUUCAUUACAGGGUAGUUCUUGAAAAGCUAGCAUCUCCCAGCUGUAGUUCUAGUGGUGUUGAAUGCUGCACACUUGGUCUUCGCCCCCUCCCCCAAAGCAUUAUUACAAUAAUAAUAAUAAUAAUAAAAUAUAAUAAUAAAAUUAAUAAUAAUAAUAAUAAUAAUAACAAUAAUACUGUAAUAAUAAAAUAAUAAUACAGUGAACCC